AUGGCGAACACGAACGUCGUCAGGAUCGGCGUCUUUGUGCCGGGAGAGGUCCAACUCCUCGACCUGUCCUGCAUCGACAUCUUCCACAUGAUGUCCAGGGAGUACCUCGGCCUGGAGUCGAUGGACCUCCUGCCGAAGCACCUGCGGGACCUGGCGCCCAGCGUGGAGAUAUCGUACAUCACCUCCGCGGGUUAUUCUCCGUCCGCCUCUGAGACGAAGUUGCUCCCCAUCACGUCGAAUCUGCGGAUCGCGCCGACGCACGACAUUGCCCAUCCGGACGUGCAGCCCGGCCGGCUCGACAUCUUGCUCGUUCCCGGGCCGGAUCCCGGGGGCAAGUGGGAGGAGGACGUGCUGGGGUUCUUGAGGGCUCACGCGGAGAGGGAGAAGACGGAUGUUCUGAGCGUGUGUACAGGUGUUUUCCUGUGCGGCGCGGCGGGCUUGUUGGAAGGGAGGACGGUGUGCGGGCCGAGGGGGGUGCAGGACUUGCUGAGGAAGAAAUAUCCCGGGACAAAGUUCGUGGGAGAGAGGUAUCGGUGGGUUCAGGAUGGGAAUCUCUGGAGUGGUGGUGGGAUCACGAAUGGGAACGACCUCGUCGCGGCAUAUGCGAGGAGGAACAGCAAGCACUUCCCGGGGCCGGUGGCUGAGAUUGCGUGUUCGAUGGCGGAUGUUGGUGAUCGUGGGCAGUUCUAA